AUGCCGGUCACUGCAGGAGCAGCAGAAGCAAGCGAGAAGGCAGAAGGGGUGACGGAAGGGCUUGGCCCUCCUGAUCCUUCAGCUUUUUCUGGGUGUGAUGGCUAUGGGAUGGAAUAUCCCAUUGGUCUCUGGCCAUCUGAAGAAGUGCUGGCUUACUACUGCCUGAAGCACAAUGAAAUAUUCAGGGACCUUGCUGUGUGUGAGCUAGGGGGUGGCAUGACAUGCUUGGCUGGGCUCAUGGUUGCUAUUUCUGCAGAUGUCAAAGAAGUUCUGUUAACUGAUGGAAAUGAAAAGGCCAUCAAAAAUGUAAGUGAGAUCAUCGCAAGAAACCAAAAUGCAGGAGUAUUUAAGGCUCAGAAAGUGUCAAGCUGCAUUUUACGAUGGGAUAAUGAGACAGAUGUCUCUCAACUGGAAGGACAUUUUGACAUUGUUAUGUGUGCUGACUGCCUGUUUCUGGACCAGUACAGAGCUAGCCUUGUUGAUGCAAUAAAGAGAUUACUCCAACCCAGUGGAAAAGCAAUGGUAUUUGCUCCACUCAGAGGGAAGACUUUAAACCAGUUUUGCAAUCUAGCUGAAAAAGCUGGUUUCUCUAUCCAAAGACAUGAAAAUUAUGAUGAACACAUUUCGAACUUCCACUCCAAGUUGAAAAAUGAAGAAAAAGAUACAUAUGAGGAAAACCUCCAUUACCCUUUUCUUCUUCUUUUAACCAAACACAGAUAGAAGAUGACUUUUUUGUUCUAUCAAGGUGGACUACUGAAAAUUAAUCCAUGUAUGUGGAUGGUCAGGGAGUGGGGAGGGUUUGGCUCCCUCCGUUUUGUUCCUGAGUCAUCGUUAGGGAAAUAUUUCUAAUCUAAUUGCUGAGGAAGAUUUCGUGGCUUGUUUCACUGGGUGUAAACACUGAGACACCUUUUUUUGUAUUAUUUUAGGACCUAUUUUUCCAAUUAUAUUCCAGACUAAAGCAAAUCAGAGUUCACAUGUAUGCGUUAAUAAAAGUGUAAAGCUGGCUUUCUUCUCUUUGUGCCUUUAAAUUUGCAUGGACUUUGUUAAUUUCUUUAAAUGCUUGGGGGGGGAUGUAUCUGAAAAUAUGUGAAUAAUAUACUUUGAGGGCUUAC